AUGCACCUCCUCGCUCAGCAAUCUCCCUCAGCCAGGAAUGUCCGUGCCGUGAGACGAGCCUUUCUCAAUGUCGACACCAUGCGACAGCUGCGUCUGGCUGCCGGCGACCAUGUCCUCAUUCAGGCUCAGGAGGGGGGAUCUGUAGCCAUUGCAUGGCCAUCACUCACUGUCGCAGAGAACCAUAUUCAAUUGAGUAGUGUAUCCCGACUAAACGCCAACGUCGCGGUCGGAGAGCCAGUCAAGAUUACACUUCUGGAAGACGCGAUCCACGAGGCCUCUCGGAUCACCCUCACAGCCAUGCACGCCAUCCCCUUUGUCUCCAACGUCAUGUUCAGCCUUUUCACCAAGGAGAUCAUGCUUGAGAUCAAGUUUGUGUUGAAGGACAAUUACAUCGAGUUCCCAUACAAUGGCAAGCCGCAGAGACUCAGGGUCACAGGAGUGUUGCUGGAUCGCAGGGAACAGAACAACAGGUCGAUCUUCGCCAUCGGCCAGGAUACAGUCGUCAAGAUCUUACCCUUCACACCACCAACGUUCAAGUCUGUUCUGAAGCAGGAUAUGAAUGUUGAUAAAGAGGAGAACAAUGGCGAUAGUCAGGGGCAUUAUGAACAGAUCGGUGGGCUCUCGGCCCAGGUCAAGACUGUCCGUGAGAUGGUUGAGAUUCCAUUGCAUAACCCAGAUGUCUUUACCCAGUUUGGUCUGCGGCCGCCAAAAGGUGUUCUUCUUUACGGCCCUCCAGGGACAGGAAAGACAUUGAUCGCACGGACAGUUGCAGCAGCCACGGGUGCUUUUUUGACCGUUAUCAAUGGGCCUGAGAUCAUCAGCAAGUUUUACGGAGAAACCGAGGCCAAGCUGAGGACUAUUUUCGAGCUGGCUGCUGAGAGAUCACCAUCGAUCAUCUUUAUCGACGAGAUCGACGCCCUCUGUCCAAAACGUGACGAGGCGGCGAGCGAGAUGGAGAAACGUGUGGUGGCGACACUGUUGACAUUAAUGGACGGCGCAUCGGACAAGAGGAUACCCGCAAAAUCAGGAACCACUAAUCCCAACGAGGACGACCCCAACAACACAUCAGCAGAAGAAACAACAAAGAAACCACCACGGAUAGUCGUCAUGGGCGCUACCAAUCGACCCAACGCUCUGGACGAAGCACUCCGUCGACCUGGCCGAUUCGACCGCGAGAUUGAGAUUGGAAUCCCAGACGCUAAAGCCCGUGCCGAGAUUUUGGUCGCGCUGUUGAAGCGGAUACCUAAUCGUCUGACGACUGCCGAAGUUGAGCAUUUGGCUUCUAUUUCUCAUGGGUAUGUGGGUGCCGAUCUGGCGGCUGUUUGUCGCGAAGCUGGGUUGAAGACUAUUCAUCGGGUGAUGAGUAAGGAGGUCAAGUCUGGCGAGGAGGGGACGUUGGAUUUGCAGGCACAGUUCCGCGCCAUGGCUGUGUCUGAUUCUACAACGGCGGCGGGGACUGGUAAGGUUGCGAGUGUAGAGGAAAAAGAGGAGGAGUUGAUGGUGUCGGCGGAGGAUAUGCGGUUAGCGAUGACGGAUGUGAAACCGAGCGCGAUGCGCGAGAUUAUGAUUGAAGUGCCCAAGGUCCUUUGGUCCGAUAUUGGUGGACAGGAGGAGAUCAAGCAGAAACUCAAAGAAUCCGUCGAAUGGCCCCUCCAGCACCCAGAGGCGUUUAUUAGGAUGGGAAUUCGUCCUCCAAAGGGAAUCCUGUUGUACGGACCCCCAGGAUGCAGUAAGACACUUAUGGCCAAGGCUUUGGCCACUCAGGCAGGACUCAACUUUAUUGCCGUCAAGGGACCCGAGUUGUUCAGCAAGUGGGUUGGAGAAUCGGAAAAGGCUGUACGAGAAGUGUUCAGGAAGGCACGCGCCGCUUCACCCUCCAUCGUCUUCUUUGACGAAAUUGACGCGUUGACGGUAAAGAGAGGAGGAUCGGAUGACGGCGGAUCAUCCGUCGCAGACAGAGUCCUCUCCCAACUCCUCAACGAACUCGACGGAAUCGAGCCCCUCGUCAACGUAACCGUUGUCGCCGCCACAAACCGGCCCGAUAUCAUGGACCCGGCCCUCCUCCGUCCCGGCAGAAUCGAUCGAAUCCUUUAUGUAUCCCCGCCGGAUUUUGAGUCGAGACGAGAAAUUCUGAGAUUACAGAUUUCUGGGAAGAAGAUGGCGUGUGAGGAGGAUGUGGAUGUCGAGGUGCUGGCGAGGGAGACGGAGGGGUGUUCGGGUGCUGAGGUGGUUGCGCUUUGUAGGGAGGCUGCUAUGAAGGCUAUGGAGGAGUCUUUGGAGAUUAGGGCGGUGGGGAAGAGGCAUUUUGAGCAGGCUUUGAGGGUCAUGGUGAGGAGGAUUACGCCAGAGAUGGUGAGGUUUUAUGAUGACUUUCGUGAGCGGUCUGGACUCAAGUCUGUCUAG